AUGAGGCUUGAGUGGACGCUGAACGAGAGGGAGAACAAAAACGUCUACUUCAGUUACAAAACGCAGUGUUACCAACUGAGAUGCAAGAGGAGCGACAAACAGAGAGUCACGGAGAGCUACAUCCCUCACAUUUGCCAGACUGCGGAGAAGAUCCUCAACCGCAGGGAGGUUCUCAACAUCUACACCUACAACCGCCACGAGUGCUACUGGGAGUCCACCGUUUUCAAGCACUCCGCCACUUUCGACACUCUGGCCAUGGAGCCAGAGCAGAAACAGGGGAUUAUUCGCGACCUGGAUCUCUUCGUCCAGCGGAAGGACUACUUCCGAAGCGUGGGGAAAGCUUGGAAGAGAGGCUACCUUCUUUGGGGCCCACCUGGGACUGGUAAAUCCACUCUGGUCGCCGCGAUCGCCAACCACCUGAGGUUCCAUAUCUAUGAUCUUCAGCUUCAGGGGAUUCGCAACGACUUCGAGCUUCGCAGGGUGCUCACCGCCACCACGAAUCGAUCCAUUCUUCUGAUUGAGGACGUGGAUUGCAAUUCCGAAUCCACCAAACCUCGUUCUAAAGAUGAAAAGGCGAUUGAUAAGAAUCAUCCGGACUAUAAGAAGCGCAAAGCCAACGAAGGGGUGACGCUAUCUGGGUUGUUGAAUUUUAUCGAUGGGUUGUGGUCGAGCUGCGGAGAUGAGAGGAUUAUCAUCUUCACGACGAACCACAAGGAGAAGUUGGAUCCGGCGUUGCUCCGGCCAGGAAGAAUGGAUGUGCAUAUCUAUAUGGGUCAUUGCACGGUUGCAGGGUUCAAAUUUCUGGCUGAAAAGUAUCUGGGUAUUCAGGAUCACGCGCUUUUCCAGAAAAUCGAGUAUCUGAUUCAGAGGAUUCCGGCUACUCCGGCGGAAGUUGCACAGCAGCUCAUGAAAGCCGACGAUCCUGAAGUUGCUCUUGAUGAGCUGGCCGAGUUCAUGAUAGCAAAAGCGAUAGAGAUCAAGAAGGGUGAGGGAGAUGGCUCAAAGAGCAAGAGCUUCUGGAGCCUGCUAAAGAAUUUUAAGAACAAGAAUAAGACGAACUGA